UCCACAGUUAUGGACGUAAAUAUAGAGUUACAGUCUUUGGAUACUAAUCUACAAUCUGUGACCAAUGAUGUCGUGUCUCAAAGUGAACCACUAAUUGUGAGGACAUGUACGGCAACUGUGGACAAGUCGAUGACCGAUACCUGUGAUAAGCGAAUUGCAGCUCAAGUCAAGAAUGUUGUCUUUUCAUACGGAAGGGGCAAAAAAGCUGUGACUGCUCUCAAUGGUAUCACAAUCAAUGUCCCCGAAGGCAAUAUUUACAGUAUAUUAGGUCCAAGUGGUUGUGGAAAGACUACUUUAGUUCAUUGUUUAGUUGGAAGUCUUAAACCAAGAAAAGGCACAGUCAUUGUGUUUGGUGAAGAACCCGGUUCUUUCAAUUCAUUAGUUCCCGGACCCGGUGUCGGAUAUAUGCCACAAGAAAUUGGUUUAUUUCAAGAGUUCACGAUCGAAGAAACAUUAAUAUUUUUCGGCCGAUUAUAUCGUUUACCAAAAGCUCAGAUAAAACAAAGCAUAAGAUUUUUAUUAGACUUUCUCGAACUUCCAGAUAAAUCCAGUUCUGUUGCCAAACUUAGUGGUGGCCAAAAACGUCGGGUGUCAUUAGCGGCAGCACUCGUACAUAAACCACCGUUGCUUGUGUUAGAUGAGCCCACUGUUGGUAUUGAUCCAGUAUUAAGACAAAGCAUAUGGAAACAUCUGAUAGCUUUAGCUAAAGAUAAUAUAACAGUGAUAAUAACAACACAUUAUAUAGAAGAAGCACGAAAUGCCUCAAUUGUAGCCUUUAUGAGACAGGGAAUGCUUCUUGAAGAGGGCAACCCUGAAGUACUUAUCAAACGACAUAAAGUGAACAAUUUAGAGGACGUCUUCCUAAGACUAUGCAAUAACAAAGAGUCUGAUCUCAAUAUAAAUUUAGUGGACAAAAGCAGAAACAGCCCUCCGAUUACUCAACCAAAUGAUUUGAAUGAUAUUCUAGUGAACAAUAAAAGUCUUCAAAAGACAAAUUCCUUGAAACCGUCAAAGAUAUUAAUGAAGAGAAACAAAAUUGCAGAUCAUUUCGCCAGAAGUGAAGCACUGUUUCUUAAGAAUGUGAUCCGAAUGUAUCGUAAUUUACCGGCAUUUAUAUUUACAGCAAUAGUUCCGGCGGUUCAAUGCGCACUAUUCUUCCUAUGCUUGGGUCGAGAUCCAUAUGAUAUACCGGUUGCCAUCUUUAAUGGCGAACCAUUAGUUGCAAGACCUCAUUAUAGUACACUUUUUCUACAAUUUAUAGACAACUAUACAAUCAAUCAAAAUCAUUACAAUUCCUUUGAUAGCGCUUAUCAAUCGGUCAAAGAUGGACACAAUAAGGCAAUGAUAGCUUUAGGGACCAAUUUCUCUAAGGCUAUGAUUCAAAGAGGUAUUCACGGCUAUGAUUCAGAUCCAGAAGAUAUUGAGAUGAGUGCUGUUAAGCUCUAUCUUGAUAUGACAAGCCAAUUCUCAGCCAAUAAAAUACGCCAAACAAUGCAUGAAUCGUAUCAACUCUUCGCUAAAGAUAUUCUCAAACGUAACGAAAUGAACGAAGCAUUAGUCGAUCCGCCCAUUCGUGAAGAGGAGCCGAUACUUGGUAGUCGUAACCCUCCGGUAACCCAUUUUAUGGCUCCCGGUUUCAUACUUUCGUUGGCAUUUUUCUGUGCUAUCGCCACAUCGGCACUCAGUUUAGUACUCGAACGCAAAGAUGGAUUACUUGAGAGAAGUUUAGUUUCUGGUGUUCAUCCAAAUGAAUAUAUAUUAUCACAUGUAUUGACUCAGACAUUGGUUGUCAUUCUUCAGACAUUAUCCGUAUUAAUGAUAGCUUUUCUCAUAUUUGAAAUACCAAAUCGCGGCUCAAUAUUUUGGGUCUCAGUAUUAAUUGUUAUGCAAGGAGUUUGUGGUAUGGCUUACGGUAUACUCAUAUCCGCCAUAACUAAAGAGGAAAACUUUACGCUAAUAUUAUGCAUGGGUUCAAUGUUUCCUCAGUUUUUAUUAAGCGGUGUCGUAUGGCCGGUAGAGACAAUGCCUAAGAUAUUGAUCUUCAUAAGUACUGUAUUUUCUCAGGCAAAGAGUAUUGAAGCGGUUCGUUAUAUGUUAUACCGAGGAUGGGGUUUGGAUCACUUUGAAGUUUAUUUAGGAUUUAUUAUAUCCGGCUCUUGGACUCUGGUAUUUCUAUGUGUGGCCGCUAUUAUGUUUAAUGUUAACAAAUCGCGAUAAUCUCAUAAAAUUAGAUUAUUUUAUGUUAUCUAUAGUUAAUGUUUGUGUGAUAACAAGCAUAACAUGUAUGGAAUGAUUUCCUCAUAUAUUUAGUAUAAUUUAAUAUAAUUUUGACGUAUUUUUUAUAUA